AUGGCCUCCGACACAGGAAUUCUGUUUACACCUGCUUCUUGUCGAAGUUGUGUUAAUUGUUUCUGCAAACUCUGGACCUGAGAAGACAUCUUUAAAGAUAAGGGUUUCUCUAAAAUCGAAAUGCCAGAACAGCCUCCAAAGGGACGAUGAUGGAUUCUCUUUGUGAAAAUCUCGUUCUCGCGAGACGCAAGAUGGCCGCGCCCAUGAACAGAGAAGGAAAGAAAUUGGCGUUGAGUGUACCAGCAAAACAUGGACAGCAGGUUAGGAAGAGUUUGCAAAGCAGUGGUCUCUACGACUCAAGCAGACGUUCCAAAAGUGCAGAAGAUGGCCAUGUCGUACUUCCAGUCUUGGACCUCGGACAAAACCUGGAACAAAAACUAAGGGAUGCAAUGUUACUAGAGAAUCCCGUAGAUUGGAAAAUCGUCCAAAUACAACUACCCGCUUCUAAGAAGAAUCAAAUCAUCUCCCCUUACCAACAAAUAGUUUCAGCCAUAGACAAGUUUCUCCGAGAUCAUGGCGGGGCAGAACUGAUGGAGGAUCUGAGAUCAGACAUACCGAGGCGCUGGGAGCGCCAUGGUGACUUGGUCAUGAUUGACGCCUGCUUUCAGAACCCCUUCUGGAGACAGUACGGUGACGAUAUCUGGCGCCUGAUUGCCGAGGUUCUCUCCUGUGACAGAUUGGCGCAGAAAGGGAGCAUUGCUUCUAAUGGCUACCGGACCCCAAGUGUCCGUCUGCUUCUGGGUCAGGACGGCUGGGUGGAACACGUGGACAAUGGAAUAAGGUAUACGUAUGAUGUAACUAAGUGCAUGUUCUCCGCGGGAAAUGUUACGGAGAAGCUUCGAGUAUCCCGCUUUCACUGUGAGAACGAAACCGUUGUUGAUCUCUAUGCUGGUAUUGGAUAUUUCACCCUGCCUUAUCUAGUCCACGCCAGAGCCGACCGUCUCCACGCCUGCGAGUGGAACCCGGAUGCUGUGGAGGCGCUGAGAAAGAACCUUCGUCUGAACGGGGUGGAAGACAGGUGCGUGGUCCACUUCGGAGACAAUAGACAGCUCUGUCCAAAAGACGUUGCUGAUCGAGUGAACCUUGGGCUUAUUCCAUCCUCGGAGCCUGGCUGGGAAACUGCGUGUGCGGCAUUAAAGAGGUGUUCGGGUGGAAUUCUCCACAUACACGGCAAUGUGGAAAGCGGGAAAACCACACCGAAAUCCAGUAGCAACUGUGAUGAAUCUGAGAUUGUAAAAUGCUCAAACAGCACUGAAAACGGAAUAGAUUCAAUGAAAGUCUCAGAAAGAAAUCUCACAAACUCUACUGAUACAUGUUUGAGCAAUUGUUUGAACUGUUCAGAUUUAGCAGCAAAAACUCAGCCAAACUCGACAAAGGAGAUAUGGAGGGAUUGGUCUUUGGGGGUCUCAUCAAAGAUCAGAGUUAUUCUUGAGAGACUUCAUACCCCUCACAUUUGGCAAACGAAGGUUCUACACAUCGAACACGUGAAGUCGUACGCACCACAUAUUGAUCAUUUAGUGGUGGACAUUGAGUGUAGACCUGUACCAGGAUAGCAAAUGUUAUACAUUAAAUUCAUUAAAAAUUG